UGUGAGUCGGAACAGAGAUUUCAAUUUUGUUGAGCCGCGAACACUUGAAUUCAAUCAACGCAAUUUGAUGCGGGAGCGAUGAAGUUUGGGGAGAAGUUUUCGGUGUAUCUGGAUACGAAUCAAGAGAGGUUCGUGAAGAAUUGCCGCCACGUGGAGUACAAGCGCCUCAAGAAAGUGCUCAAAAGAUGCAGAAAUUGUACGGCUAUCAACGAUUCCCCUUCUGUUGACGAUGAUGGGGAUGAAGCCGCAUUCUCUCAGUUUUGCCAACUUGAGUCCUGCCAAUUUUGUGAUCAGAAAUUCUUCUCCGAACUGAUGAAGGAGGCUACUGAUAUAGCUGGAUGCUUUAGUUCAAGAGUGAGGCAGCUUCUCCAAUUUCAUAUCCAUGGUGGAGCGCAGCGAUAUUUUACAUUUUUACGCUAUUGUUUUGCUGCCCCUAAACGAAAGACAGCACAAGAAUGUAAGAUGUUAACUGAAUAUGCUAUGAUGAAUGCUAUGGCCAUGCGGAAAAUUCUCAAGAAGUAUGAUAAAAUACAUAGUUCUGCCAAUGGAAGGAAGUUCAAGUCUAAAAUGCGUGCAGAACAUACAGAAAUUCUGCAGUCACCUUGGUUAAUGGAAUUAGGGGCUUUCUGUAAGAACUUCAAUGAACGUAGAGGCGACACUGGUGGGCUCCACAAUCCAUUCUUAUUUGACUUAACUGCUUCAGCGCCCACGAUGACUUUGAUCCUCCCAGAUAAUGUGAAACUAGAAUACAAUCUAACUUGUGCAAUUUGCUUGGAUCUAGUUUUCAAUCCGUAUGCCUUGAGCUGUGGGCAUAUCUUCUGCAAAUCAUGUGCUUGCUCUGCAGCUUCCGUUAUGGUUUUUCAAGGCCUCAAGGCUGCAAACUCAGAAUCAAAAUGUCCCGUGUGCAGAGAGGUUGGUGUAUACACCAAGGCGGUCCAUAUGAUGGAACUGGAUUUGCUUCUAAAGAAAGAGUGCAAGGAAUACUGGAAGGAGCGUCUAGUUACUGAACGGGCUGACAUGGUUAAGCAAACAAAGGUCUAUUGGGAGACACAAACUGAGUACAUGAUCGGAUAUUGACAUGAUGCUCUGUAAUGUUUCUUGCUGGCUCCCUCCAUGCCCGGAACAAUAUAUCCCGAUUCGUUAUUUGUCACUGCAGAGGUGACCGGCCUCUGACCGCCGAUGCAUUUGAUCAUCUUGGCGAUAUCAUUUUAAUGGGUGUCACAGAUACUGUAAUUUUGCACACUCCUCUCCACUGACUUAUUUUUUUUUGGAAAU